GGAAGUCAAAUAGAGAAUCCGGAUUUGAUCGGUCUUACGUGUCAUUCAGAGUUUCGGUACUUCAGAAACCUGCUGGACUCCUGUGGGAAACAAAAUCGUGGAUCUAUUCCUGAGCUUCCUGAUCACUGUGUCUCUUCAGGCUGGUGAUUGGCUGCCUGGCGUUAUUGCUGAGGCUCUGUCACCUUGACGACAGCUGCAAAACAACACAACGAUGAAAGCGUUGAUUCUGGUGGGGGGUUAUGGGACCCGGCUGAGACCGCUUACUCUGAGUGUCCCCAAACCACUGGUGGAGUUCUGCAACAAACCCAUCCUUCUGCACCAGGUGGAGGCGCUGGUUAAGGCCGGUGUGGACCAUGUGGUUCUGGCAGUGAGUUACAUGUCAGAGCUGCUGGAGAGAGAGAUGAGAAUCCAGGAGCAGAGAUUGGGGAUUCGGAUCUCUCUGUCUCAUGAGAAGGAGCCUCUGGGGACAGCUGGACCGCUGGCGUUGGCUCGGGACCUCCUGAAUGUUGACAGUGAACCGUUCUUCGUUCUUAACUCUGAUGUCAUCUGCGACUUCCCCUUCAAAGACCUGCUUCAGUUUCACCGAAACCACGGCAACGAGGGAACCAUUGUGGUGAGACAGAUGAUGGUGACACGGGUGGAGGAACCAUCUAAAUACGGCGUAGUGGUGUUUGAGGCUGACAGUGGACGCAUUCAUCGCUUUGUAGAGAAACCUCAGGUCGUCUCCAACAAGAUCAAUGCUGGCAUGUACAUCUUCAAUCCCAGCAUGCUCCGCAGGAUCCAGGUCAGUACCACAUCUAUAGAGAAGGAGGUGUUUCCUGUCAUGGCGGGGGAGGGGCAUCUGUACGCCAUGGAGCUACAGGGUUUCUGGAUGGACAUCGGUCAGCCCAAAGACUUCCUCACAGGUAUGUGUAUGUAUCUUCAGUCGCUACGGCAACACACACCUGACAGGCUACGCACAGGACCAGGUUUCCUUGGCAACGUUCUAGUGGACCCAACGGCUCAGAUAGGUGAGAACUGCACCAUCGGUCCAAAUGUGAGCAUCGGCGCUGGCGUGGUUGUGGAGGACGGUGUGAAUAAACGCUGCACGGUUCUGAAAGGAGCACGAGUUCGAUCCCACUCCUGGUUAGAGAGUUGCAUCGUGGGAUGGAGCUCCUCUGUGGGCCAGUGGGUCCGUAUGGAGAAUGUGACGGUGUUGGGGGAGGACGUGAUCGUUAAUGAUGAGCUUUACCUCAAUGGCGCCAAUGUCCUGCCUCAUAAAUCCAUCAACGAGUCUGUACCAGAACCACGGAUCAUCAUGUAGUACCAACAGAAGAGACUGGAAUACGAACUCAACACACACCAUGUGCCAGUGACAUGGGGGGGGGGUCAGCCGGGGUUCAGGUCCUCGUACUGGACUCAUAUGAAGGGUUAGGGUGAAACAAAGACUGAAUGGACAGAUGGACCACAGUGGAACCCAGUGUCCCUUAGAUUUGAUCUAGAAAAACACAAACACAGACCAUCGACUGGAGGUUGAAUAUGUGUUCCACUGAUUGUGUCAGUUUAACUCACAUGGACUUGGUUUUGAACCACCGUUUUACACCUACCAACGUGUGUAAUGGACGUAUGUUAUAUUUAGGGUUAGAGGUUCAUAUAUAUUCGGAUUGACUAUGCAUUAUUUUAGAUCAGCUGCAUCAUGAACAGGCCUUAAAGGAUCAAAUAACGUGCAUGUAUGUGUUCUGGCAGAGGCUGUUGUCAUGACAACUGGAACAAAUAAUCAAAGAAAUGCAGUAUUUAUCCCAAUUAAAGCUGUAUUAGUUAAUAAUUUUGGCUUAAAACAGGCUAAAAAGCACCGCCCUCUGACAUUUGAGGUGGGGUUUAUGUUUUAUAUGGUGAACACACACACACACGCACACACACACAGUUUUAGCUCCACUUGGUCUCGAACAAAUGUAAUAGUCACAAAAGGUUAAAGUUGGUGCAUGUAAAUCUAAAAUGUCCCAUUAAACUGAAAGUAUAGCAGCUUAUUGAUGAUAUAAAUGUGUGUAAAGUCACAUUAAUUAAUGCAGCUUUAAUCUGUAUAUGUUGAGUAUUUUCAUUUGGUGUUAAUAUUAAUAUGUUUGUUGUUCUGAUUAAAUGCCUCGAUGCCAGACCGUCCAAAGUCCAGCUGAUAUGACACAUACUGCAGUUUGUCGAAUGUGUUUACUCAUAUUAAUGUCACAUAUUCAGAUGAAAUAUGUUUCUGUGUGUUUUGUUUGUUUCAUCUACAGAUUAGUGAUGUUUCUCAAAAAGUCUAAAAUCAUUGUUGUUCAGACAAAAGGAAAUAAUUCAGAGAACUUCUCUUUUCUUACAUGAAAUAUUAGAAUAGUCAUAAAGUCCAGAUGACAUGGGUUAUUAAAUCAUAUGAUCUCAACGAUGCUCAUUUUCCUGCAAAGAUGUGCUAUUUUACUCUGACUAUAUUCUAAACCUUAUCUUUAUAAUAAUGGUAGCAUUAGUUGGUUUAAUAAACCUGGUCCAUGUCUGUGGACGUUCCAUCUGUCAGUCCACAUCAUCACUAAUGAAAACCUCAAAUAUAAUAUAUGGGCUUCAUUUAUACUGUUAACACAACACAAGUAAUACUAAUAUGAACCCAUUUAUCUGCACAUUUCACUGAUCCUCAUGGUUUUACAUCCACUUAAGUUUAUAGAUUCAGA